CACAGCGACCCAAAGGAAACACUGCCCCAAAACCCGCGGCCGCGGGGUUCACGGGCGGGCAUCCAACGCCCUCACUCAGUCCACACUCUCCCCUCCACCCCACUCCCGCUGAGCUACCGUCUCACUCUCACCCGCGGCCGCCUACCCCGGGGCCAUGGCGGAAGUAGCGGCGCACGCGCUGGCGCUGGCGGCAAUGCGGGGGCGCGGCGAGGUGGACACGUCGUCGCAGUUCGAGUCCGUGCGCCAGGCCGUCGACCGCUUCGGCGGCGGCGCCGUCUCCCCGUGGCGACAGCCGCCGUCGCCGCCGCCGCCGCCGCUCCAGCUCCGGCCGGAGGAGGUAGAGCUUAUGAAAGUUGAGGAACAAACUGUGAAGGUCGAGAUGGGGCUCUUUGUUAAGGAAAGCGAAACAUUCAAGGUGCUGAAAGAGUUGGAGUCAACAAAGCAGGUUAUUGAUGACUUGAAGUUACAGAUAGAGAAGGCAACAUCAGAGUGUGGAAAUGCAGCAACAGAUCAUGCUGAUACCAUGAAGAUACAUCCACCUCCUGAUAUAGAACAGAAAAUGGAUGACCAUACGGGGCCACUGAUCCAGAGCAUAAAUACCAUACAGUCUCCACUAGCCACACUGAUGAAGCUGAAUCAGGCAAAAGCAUUCCUGAACAUGGACACUGUCAAGAUGUUUAAGUGCCAGAUAGAGGAGGAGAAAGCAUCCCUUGAGAGAACCCGUGAGAGGGUGCAGUUGAAUAUGGAGAAAGCUUCAGCACUGGAAGCAGAGUUGAGCAAAACUGCCGCGCAGCUACAAGCAGCAAAAGACCCGAAACCUGUUCUGGAACCUUAUGACAUAUGGCUGCAGAUGAAGCAAUUGAAUGCUGAAAAAGACAAGCACAGGAAGAUGGUCGAGGACUCGAAGCUCGAGAUUGGUGAAUUAACUUCCACAAUUGAGCACACGAGGUCUAAGGCGAAGACUCUUCAGUUCAGGAUCGUCAUGGCCGAAAAGUUGAAGGAAGCCUCAAGGAGGGGGGAAGCUUUUGCCCUCACGGAGAUGGGAAAACGAAGCAACGCGGAGGGCCCGGAGAGUGCUACAUCCGACGUCACACUUUCUGUCGAAGAACACUCCAAGCUCCUGCGCGAAGCAGAAGAAUCAGAGGUUGCCUCUAGGAACAGAAUAGACGCGGCAAUGCAGGAGCUCGAUCAGGCAAACCAGGGCAAGGUGGAACUUUUGGAAAGAGUGGACGAGGCAAUGGCCGCCGUCGAGUCCAGCAGGAAGGUUCUGGAGGAGGCCCUGAAGAGGGAGGAGGCCGCAAACAAAGCUAAGCUCGCAGCUGAAAAUGCACUUCGGAGGCUGCGGUCCGACCAAAUAAUCCUGAACUGGCGACCGACCGGUAACAUUAACAGCAAUAAUGCUGUAAAGUUCAAGGCCUCAGCAACACCAACGACACCCCGGAAGUCCGGCACGGGGAUCUACGACGUGAACGGCCUGAGCCUGGUGGCCACCACGCCGAAGAGCACCAAGGCGAUGUCCAUCGGACAGAUCCUGAGCAUGAAGCUCGACUGCGAGUUCGAGACCGCCACCACCGGGAAGACGGCGAGCUCAACGAAGAAGAAGAAGGUGUCUCUGGGGCAGAUGCUGAGCCAGAAGUACGAGAUGUACUCGCCGAUGAGGAUCGACCACGACGGCGCGUCCCGGAAGCAGUUCCACCCCAGGAGGCGCAGGCUGGGGUUCGUGGUGUACGCGCUGCUCCUGGCCAGGCAGAAGCACAGGAAGAAGAGGCAGCAGCAAGCCUCCUGCGCCAAGGUCGCGUAGUGUAGUUUUUAGUUAUCUUUCCAGACCGUAGUACUGUUUACCUAGCUGUGGUUUUACUUUACAACCGGAAUAAAUGGUAGUAGUACCUGUGUAAUUAGUUGGUAUAUGCAGUAUAAUCAAGGUGGAUGUUUAGCAGCUGCUCAUGGUUCAGCCCAACUUUUUGGUGUGAUAUCACCUGUAUGUAAAUUUUCUCUCCCGGGAUUCA